AUGGUUAAGCGGAGUAAACUUCUUCAGGCUCUGGAUGAGCACCGUGGCCGGGAUUAUGAGGCCGAGAAGCAGAAGAAGUUGGUUAAGGCUGCGCGGAAGCGCAAGGGUGAUGUGAAGGACGAGGUUGAGGAGAAGAAGGAGGAGGAAGAGAAGGAGGAGUCUGAGGAGGAGGUUGAGGAGGAAGAGGAAACUCCCGAGAACGACGCCGAAGACGACGAAGCCGAAAACGAGGACGACGACGAGGAGGAAGAGGAAGAAGAAGAAGAUAUCCCACUGUCCGAUCUCUCCGACGACGAACGCGAAGAUGUCGUCACCCACCAACGCCUCACAAUCAACAACUCGGCCGCCAUCACAACCUCCCUGAAGCGUAUCUCAUUCUUGUCCUCCGCCACACCCUUCUCGGAGCACAACAGUCUGGUCAGUCAGGAGCCGAUCGAGGUGCCCGACCCGAACGAUGACUUGAACCGCGAAUUGGCGUUCUACAAGGUGUGCCAGGCUGCGGCGAUGACGGCGCGCGGAUUACUCAAGAAGGAGGGCGUCAUGUUCACGCGGCCGGGCGAUUACUUUGCCGAGAUGGUCAAGUCGGAUGAGCACAUGGGCAAGAUCAAGAAGAAGCUGUAUGAUGAGGCCGCUGCGAAGAAGGCGGCUGCGGAUGCUAGAAAGCAGCGCGAUCUGAAGAAGUUUGGAAAGCAGGUCCAGGUUGCCAAGUUGCAGCAGAGGGCUAAGGAGAAGAGGGAGACGUUGGACAAGAUUAAUGCUUUGAAGAAGAAACGCAAGGCUGAUACCUCCGGUCCUACCGAGGACAAGGAUAACCUGUUCGAUGUCGCCAUUGAAGAUGCCGCCCAGCCCAGCCGCAAGCGCGGCCGCGAUAGCGAAAACGGUCCCUCCCAGAAGCGCCAGAAGAAGAACGAGCGCUUCGGCUUUGGUGGCAAGAAGCGCUUCUCCAAGAGCGGUGACGCCGCCUCCAGCGGUGACUUGCGCGACUUCUCCGUCAAGAAGAUGAAGGGUGGCGCCAAAGGAGGUGCGAAGAGGCCCGGGAAGAGCAGGAGAGCGGCUGCCAAGGGCCGCGCCUGAUUCAUGUAUUUGUUAGCUGCUCGGUACGGUCGGUUGGGUUAAAAGCAUAGACAGUUAUUUGUAUAUUGUUAAUC